CCGAUUGAUUAUUUGCUAUAUUAACCUGUACAUCACCCAGUUGCCGUUCAUUAUCAGUACAAACAACAAAUUAUAAACACUUCUUUCCUGUGAAAGAGUCUGAUAGUUUGUUCAUUGAAGUCGUUUAUCCCAACAUGGAUGUGCAAGCACGUAUCGCGGCCAAAGCGCAAAUCAAAUCGGUGGAGCUUUAUCGAGAAAGUCUUCUCCGAAAUACGCCGCGCUUUAGGAGCCGAAUGCUUGAGACUGAUGUUGGUGAUAUAUUAGCCAAAGUUAACGAACCAAUCAAUGCUUGUGCAGUAUCGAAACUGAACGAUAAUUUGGAUACUCCGCACUUUGUCAAACGUCCCGUGGAUACUUACAUUGUUGCUCAUCGUACGGGAAUGAUUGAGGCGCGUGUAACUGGUAUACCAAAUCCUGAGAUCAUAUGGUACAAAAACUGGCAUCAUAUCACCGAAAGCCCAAGAAUUAAGAUGCACCAUUACGCGCCUGACACUUACGUAUUAGAGAUCAGAGAUGCAAUUUCGUCCGACACCGCACUAUACACUUGUGUCGCUCGUAACUGUUGUGGAUGCGUCACAUCAUCGGCCACAAUUCGAGUUGUGCAUAUAGAAAUCGAAGAAUAUCCACGAUUUGCAAAACGUCUCGAUAGUAUUGAUGUCUCUGCCGGUCACAACGGUCAUCUAGAAGUCAGAGUGACUGGUAUACCAAAACCGGAGAUUAAAUGGUAUAAAAAUUGGAUUCCGUUGAAGGAAGACCAUCGUAUCGAGUUCCGUCACUACGAUCCAGACAGCUACGUUCUGAAUAUAUACAAUGCACAGCCCGACGAUUCAGGAUUGUAUACAUGCAAAGCACGCAACGAGUCGGGAAGCAUAACUACCUCAGCAAUGGUACAUGUGGAGGGCAAUACCGAUUUAUACCUCUACAAGUCUCUUAUCCCACGACCAUAUCACUGUUACUAUGAUGCCGGCUGGUUGGAAGAUUUUGUCAACAUUCGCAGACGUCUGGAACGAUUAGCCUAUAACUUGAGCAAGAAGGAAAGGGACGAACUGCUGCACCAAAGAGCGCUCGCUAAUUACUACGCGAAGUUGCGUCGUCCAAGCAUUGAUUACUAUGACCUUUUGUAGAGCACAUGGUGUUCGUUAAAUUGGCUAAUUAAACAUUACUGACUUUUU